GUGGGAUGCCUAAGCCGCGUAUACAACCAUUGAAUAAAGUCACGUCCCCCCAAAAACGGUUGCACAGCAGUGGCCGCUCGCUACACACUCAACCCUGUUGUUGAUUACUCCGUCGAUUCGAAGACAAUUGCUCUCUGCGAUAAUCAUGCGUAGUUGAAGCCCAUGAAGGAAGAGAAAGACAUACACGUGACGGUCAUCCAGCUGGACAUCCCCAGGAAACCCCUACCAGUGUAUUCGCCUGAGAUCCGAGUUGAUGGCACUGGCAAUGGACCUCGCGAGUCGCUGCCACAGCGCGCUCUGAGAUAUGUGACAGUCGACGCGAUCAAGGCACGUUACGAAACGCUCAAACCGAAGGUCGAAUCGCUCAGCAAACGCACAAUCUCCUCGGUUCAGGCUAUUGAUGUAUCCUCCGGAUUUCAGAAGGGCUGGACCAAAUUCAAGGCGUUUCCCUGGAACAAGCAAAUUCGCGCUCUCAUUCUAGUCCUGGUCUUUGGGGUUGCACCUCUAGUAAUCCUGGGCCGCUUUACAUACUCUUGGACCGGCCCGUUUACGACCAUCUUCACGCCGAAGACGCUGACAUGUGGAAAUAUUAGCGGUACUCCGCAGAAUUCCACCGUCUCCGGAAUCCAAGGAUUCUUCGUGCUGGACGUCACUUUCGGGAAACUUCCAUUCUACCAGGUCAAAAUCAUCGAUGUCUUGUGGGAUCUCGUAUUAGGUAGAGGCGUGCAACUCCUCGCGUGGUGGGCAAGCUACAGGAUAUUUGCGGAUGUAUUGCUGGGAAUCAUCGAGCGACAUGCCACGUCGUAUGAGACUUUCUUGCACAUCGCACUGGACGGACCGUCAUUGGCAUCAAUGUGGACAUUGAUCAAGGACCUUUUCCGAACCAGGAGUAAACGAACAUGGGCCCUGUUCUUUUACAUGUUAGUGUCGAUUCUUUACGUGCUCUGCAUUCCCGUCUUCUUGGGCGCAAUGACAGGUUACGACAGCACCCAAAUACCGUGGGUCGAUCUAGACGACAACAAUCACAUCAUCCCGGCCUCGACUGUGGACAACGGCCUGAUAGUGCAUUCGCUUGGAAACAAAACUUUCAGUAAUCCAAUUUGUUCUUCGGAAUUGGACAGCAAGAUCAACACUUAUAAUAACGAGCAAUAUGAGCGCCAGCAGAACUGCGAUUGCAGACUACCAAAUGGCACAGUCCUUGCAUGGACUAAAUGGGCUGAUAGAUAUUACUAUAAUUGGGGAUCUGAUUAUCGCUUAGGCGAUUGUGUUACUGUCUUUCCCAACACCAAGACGUACAAAGACUGGGAUGGCAAUACUAAGAGCUGCAAUGGCUCCACUUACUACACCCUUUCCGACGAUGGAAAGACAUACGACGUCGCUACGGCAAAUUACGAAAGCGGCUUUUGCUAUGAUGGCAUUGGUUACUCGUACAGUACUCUAUGGUCCAAAUCUCGUUGUCUCCCUGACACCGCGCACCAAACCUACGAAUGGGGUUUCUCAACCAUGAUGUCCGCAACGUUCAUCUUCCUCCAGUUCUUGUGGACCAUCACCAUGUACAUCAUCUGGCAAGAUGCGCAGAUCAAGAGUAAGCUGGUGAGGAGCGGAUACGCAAUGACGCAGCUCAGGGCGGCGUUCACGCUGGCAGCGGCGGCGAGGUGGAGGACCGGACUGAAUAACCGCGCGCUGGUGAGGAGGGACACGAAACAGCUGGAACGAGAACUUUUUGGGUCGAAGAAGGCGCAGAAGGAGCAGACUGUUGUGUCGUAUGAGCUCUUUCAGGAAGGGCGGAAUAGCAUGAGAGAUAGUCUUGAAGCGGACUUUAAGAAAAGAAAGGGAUCGGAAUAUUGCGAUAUCUAAAUCAAUGAAAUAAGUAA